AUGGCUCGCCCCUCCGUCGUCCAAGAGUAUGCCGCGCCUUCUACAACCCUAAGCCUGGACCACAAAGUCUCCCACGAGCGCCAGAUCUACAAAAUACCGCGCCCACAAGGCUACCGCGUCUCAUGGCACGCCAACCCAGCAGUCGAGCCACACCAUUUCGGCCAGUCACACCCCAUGAAACCAUGGCGCCUCACUUUAACGAAACAACUGGUCAUGGCGUACGGAAUGCACCACGCAAUGGACCUGUACAUGGCGCGGGCAGCCACAUACGAAGAAAUGGCCGAGUUUCACGAAACAGACUACCUUGACUUUCUCCAACAAGUCAUGCCAGGCGACAUAGACCGCUCGGAACAAAGCGAUAAUGUCAUCCGCUUCAACUUCGGUGACGACUGCCCCAUCUUCAACGGCCUGUACAACUAUUGCUCCCUCUAUGCCGGCGGUACCGUCGACGCCGCCCGCAAGCUCUGCAACGACCAAUCCGAGAUCGCAAUCAACUGGUCCGGCGGUCUGCACCAUGCCAAAAAAGCAGAAGCAAGCGGCUUCUGCUACGUCAACGAUAUCGUCCUCGGAAUCCUCCAACUCCUCCGCCACCACCCACGCGUCAUGUACAUCGACAUCGACGUCCACCACGGCGACGGCGUCGAGCAAGCAUUCUGGUCCACAGACCGCGUGCUAACGGUCUCAUUCCACAAAUACGACAAAGACGGCUUCUUCCCCGGUACCGGCUCCCUCGAAGAUACAGGUCCCACUCAUCCACUCAACCCAGGCGCACACCACUCCAUCAACGUCCCCCUCAACGACGGUAUAGAUGACGACUCAUACAUCCAACUAUACCACGAGAUCAUCGGUGCCUGCGUACGCACUUACCAACCUGGCGCGAUCGUCCUUCAAUGCGGAGCCGAUAGUCUAGGCUGCGACCGGCUCGGAUGCUUCAAUCUCAACGUACGUGCGCAUGGCGCCUGCGUCGCUUUCACCAAGACUUUCGGAUUACCGCUCCUCGUCGUAGGCGGCGGUGGUUAUACACCGCGGAAUGUAUCGCGCGCAUGGGCGCACGAGACAUCCAUUCUAAUAGAUGCGGAUCAACUCAUUGAUACAACGAUACCUGAAACGGUAGCGUUCCGGAAUCACUUCGGGCCGGAUUAUUCACUUUUCCCUCCGCUCUCGGAGAUCCGGAGGCUGGAAAAUAAGAAUCCGCGAUCGUAUCUCAAUGGUUUGGUUGAGUCUGUGCAUGAACAGCUUCGCUAUAUCAAGGGCGCUCCUAGUGUGCAGAUGAGUUUUAUCCCUCCUGAUAUCCUUGGUCUGCGUGAGGAUACCGAGAAGGAGAUCGAGGAACAAACUGCUAUGAUGGAAGAGGAGUUUGAAGAGCGGAUGGGUGGUGGUUCGGCUGUGGCGUCGAGUUUCAGUCCAGGUGCUGGACCUGGCUCGGCAGGUUCCAUUCCACGUGGGAAUCGACGACGUGAACUUGAGCGAGGAGCUGGGUACAGAGGUGAGUUAUAUUCAUGA